AUGUCCAAGGAACAGGCGCUCAAGCUCAAAGAAGAAGGAAACGCGUUUUUGAAGCACAACAACUUCGACCAGGCGGUGGAGGCGUACACGCAGGCCAUCGCGCUUGACAACACGUCGGCGGUGCUCUACCUGAAUCGCGCGCAGGCGCACAUCAAGUUGGAGAACUACGGGCUCACGAUCGCCGACGCUACCAGCGCGAUCGAACGCGACCCGGAUUACCGUGACUUGAAGCUCGUGUUGGCGCGGUCGCCGGGCGACGUGGCGUCGAAGAAGCUCGACAGGGAGGUCACCAAGAUCUUGAGACAGCAGGCGUUUUCCGAUGCAAUUCUUGGCGAGGAUGAGAAGGGUGCGAUUGACCUGGUAGACUUUGACGCGAUGACGGUGGAGGCAACAUACGACGGGCCGGCGUUGGAGAUCCGCACCGAGUGGAUUGACGUCGUGAACAGUUCACACAAGAAGACGAGAAAGGUGUCAGUGGAGAUGACCCGGGAGUAUAUUGAUAAUAUGGUUCAGCGCUUCAAGGGCGGGAAACAGCUCCCGAAGAAGCACGCGUACGCGAUCGUGGCAGCCGCCAACGAAGUGUUGAAAGGUGAAGCUUCUUUGGUGGAGAUUGCGUUGGCGACUGACACGCGUGACAAGAGCGCGUCGCACCGUUUAGCGCGUGCGCAUACGCUCUCGGUGUGCGGAGACACGCACGGGCAGUUCUACGACGUGUUGAACAUCUUUGAACAGUUUGGUGCAAUCUCUGAGACCCACGCGUAUUUGUUCAACGGGGACUUUGUGGACCGUGGCUCGUGGUCAUGCGAGGUUGCGCUCUUGCUCUACGCGUACAAGUUGCUUUACCCGACCCAGGUGUAUUUGAACCGCGGGAACCACGAGACCGAUGAUAUGAACGAGGUGUACGGGUUCAAGGACGAAUGCAAGGUGAAGUACUCGGAAAAGCUCUACAAGGUUUUCAGUGAGUCGUUCAACUCGUUACCAUUUGCGGCGUUAAUUGGGGGCGACUACCUCAUCAUGCACGGCGGCUUGUUCUCGCGCGACAACGUGACGUUGGACCAUAUCAGAAAGAUUGACCGGUUCCGUUACAAACAGCCGCCAAAGGAGGGGAUCGAGAUGGAGUUGUUGUGGACCGAUCCGCAGGUACCGAAUGGGCGGGCGCCGUCGAAGAGGGGUAUUGGGAUGCAAUUUGGCCCGGACAUUACCGAGCGCUUCUGCUUGACAAACAAGUUGAAGGCGGUGAUCCGGUCGCACGAAGUUAGAAUGGGCGGGUACGAGAUUGAGCACAAUGGGCGAUUGAUUACUGUGUUCAGUGCUCCGAAUUACUGUGAUUCGCAGGGCAAUUUGGGCUCGGUGAUUGAUAUGACAAUGGACGAGGUGGAUGGCGAGAUCGAGUUGAAGUAUAACACCUUUACGGCGGUGGCGCAUCCGGAUAUCGCGCCGAUGGCGUAUACGAACAGGAUGGGGUUCUAG